AUGGCAGCCCACCUGCACAGGUACGGAUCCGAAAUCAAGUACAUCGCUGACACCAUUGAAGACAUCGAAUGGUACAACAAGGAGUUCCACACAGACUUCGUCAAAGUAGGAAUAAGGUCGCCACAGACACUCGGAUCAUUCAUGAAGAGUUUUGGGGAGAUCACGGCGCAGAUGACAGCCAUCUCUUGCUUUCGGGACGAGAUGCAACAGAAGAUCGACAACGUGUUGGCGCUGCUCGUUGACAAUAUGCAAGCCAUGAAUGAUCGACUGCUGGUCCAAAACAGCAAGGCCAUGCAGGAGAUUCUUGCAGCGAGCAAGGAAGAAGCCAAACAGUCCCGCGAGCUAGCUGCGCAAACCCAGGAACUGACCAAAGAAAUGAACAAUAUUUUAAAAGCCAAUCAAGAUGAAACGGCAGUAUUGCGUCGCCUAGCUCACCAGACACAUCGCUUAACUGAAGAGAUGCGGAAAGACAGUGUAUCGAUGAAAACUGUCGCCUUGUUGACAGCCUUUUUCCUCCCGGGCACUUCCUUUGCGGCCAUCCUUGAGAUGCCCUUUUUCAGCCAGAACCAAUGGCUUGGUAGCAUCGGGCGAGUCUGGCUGUGGGUUGCGCUCACGGUCCCCGCCACUUCUAUGUGCUUCUGGUUUUACAUCUCUUGGGGUCGUCAUGAGUCCAGGAGGAGCAAGGAGCUCAGAGAUGCGGACGCAGAGAUGAUAAACGUUGGAGCGGCCCGAUGA